AUGCGGGAGCCGUCCCCCGGGGCGCUAAGCCCCCGGUCUUCCUCCAGUUCCUUGCUGAACGGCCCUGUAACGAGGAAUGUGGGCUUCCAGCAGCAGAACUCUUCCUCAGAACAUCUACCUUGGAGCAGUACGGCCGUAUGCCUCCCGGGAAAUUGCAAUUCUAAUUUAACGAGUGAGAAUCAUUCGCCAAUGGUCCGCAGCAGCAGCAACGCUUCUGCCUUAACUUCGCUGUGUGUUGAUCUCUCGGCAUCCGACUCACAUUUCUUUGAGGUGCUGUAUAUAGGUAAAGUGCGUAUAUCACAGCGGAAAGUUCCAGACUCUUUGAUCGACGAUGCACUUCACAAGUUCGCUCUACACGAAGCUGAGAAGGCGCUCAAAUUGCGGAGACACAGCCUUUUGUCCUCCACUGGGACCUCUAUCUACAGCAACGAUUCCAAAGACAAUUUAGAAGAAGAAACAAAACCUGAAAACUCUGCAGACCUAUUUAGCAAAAAGGUUCUAAUCACAAGCACAACUCCGUUGGAACCAGACAAAGCAUGGAAUAGCGCAGAAACCCUCAUCAACAAAGAACCGAAGAAGGUUGACGAAGAAUUCGAUACGUUUACUAAAGAAAGAGUUCACGCUGAAACCCAACUGAGAAAACCGACCCCAAUACCACUAGAACCUAACGUCUUAAUCCUCAACGUGGGCAAAAAUAACCUAGAUACGGUGAAAGAAGAAGAGAAUUCAAGAGUGGAUAUAAACACAAUGACGUCAGAAUGUUCUACAGAUCAGCAGAAGGAGACAGAAGAUAUACCAAAACGUCUAGAUAGUCCAGCACCAUUGAACUUUCAAGAGAUAAAUCGAAAGCCUGUUCUUUCUGAAAGGAAGAAUUUGUGUGAUAAUAAACCGUUUUUGAGAGACAGGUCUGCUUCUAUAGGAACUAUUAAUCUGAAGACACCGAUUUCGCAGCUAAUUGGGGAACAAAAUAGAACUAUGUUGUUCCAGGUUGGCCGGUCCGAGCUUCGGUUGAUCAGUCCAGAUAGGAAACAAAUACUACUGCACCGCGCUUUCAAAGACGUUGCCUCGUGUGUGCUUGGUCGUUUGAACAUGGAGCACUUCGGGUUUGUGUGCAGGGACACCAACGAAGGCUUCGCCUGCUACGUGUUCAAGUGUGAGAGUGAGUCAGUUGCUCAGGAAGUUAUCAAUGCGAUCAAGCAAGCCUUCGUCGCUCAUGCGGAACUGAUAAAAAAGACCAGAGAAAAGUCUCCGAAUAUGACCUGUGAACAUUGCCCACUAUUGUGGUACCAUAGACUCUGCCAUGACAUCGAAGGAAUGAACGAUAAGAAGGUUCACGCGUUCAUUCUUCGUCGCAUGGAGCAGUUGUCUGAGGAUGAACAGGAUCUUAUCAUCACAAAGUACCAAGGUGGUACUAACCACAUGUAUGAGACAAGUGAACACAAUGCCUUCCUGAUGAUGUUACUCAGAGCACACUGCGAAGCGAAGCAACAGCGGCAUAUUCACGAUACGCAGGAAAAUAGGUCAGAGUUCCUGAACCAAUACCUAGGUGGCAGCACUAUAUUCUCCAAAGCGAGGCGUUCUAUAUCAAGUAGCUUUGAUCUCCUCAAGAGAAAAGCUAGCAGGGAUGAAGGGCUCGGGGCCCUCGUCAUCAAAAAGGAAGCGUCCCCCGCAACAACAGCACCCACGGCUGGAGUGUUAGAUCCAUCAUCAGAACCUUCAAACCAGGAGCUGCUAUCACAAGAUGUCGUCAGGAGCAAGAGUUUAUCACCAGCUGUCAUUGAAGGAGAUGCCGCAUCAUCACCAGGCCAUACAAACAUGACUCCGACUCCCGAAGAAAGUGAAGACUCGAAAGAUGGCACUCCGCCCGCCAAUUCACCUAUGAUGGACAUCUUCCUAAAAGUGAGUGACUCUAGGCAAACGGCCAAUGAGUCUGGCUCAGAGAACGAUCCAACAUGGAGGCAGGCCAUCUAUGAGAAGAUUGUUCAACCGGCUGAAGUGCAAGGAGAAGGUGAUUUAUCAAGUAACUUACUGGGUAAAGUGUCAUCACCCAAAGAGAAAAGGAGCAAAGAGGAAUUACGACAGCUAUGGAAGAUGGCCAUAGAUCAGACUAUUCUGCUUGUCAGAAUGGAGAAAGAGAACGCCAGACUUAAAGAAAGCGAAGAGUCUUCAGCGGUUCGGCGUAUUAAACUGGAGUAUCAUGAGUUAGGGGUCUCUGAUACCGGGGUCACGUUGAUGUGGGAUUCUCUGCUCUCAAGAGACACCUCUCAGCCUAUGGCCAAAGUUGACAGACACAUGCUCACGCAGGCUGUUAUGCAAGGUGUCCCCCGAAUGACCCGCGGCGGCGUGUGGUACUUCCUGGCCGAGCAGGCAUGCCUGCGCUCCGGCCCGCCUGACACGACGGCUUACCCCAACUACCACACACCCUACAAAACACUGCUGGGAGGGCUUACUAAACAUCAGCACGCUAUACUAAUUGAUUUAGGUCGCACCUUCCCGAAACAUUCAUACUUUGCAUCAGCAUUAGGUCCUGGUCAGCUCUCUUUAUACAACAUUCUGAAGGCGUACUCUCUGUUGGACCCUGACGUGGGAUAUUGUCAAGGUCUCAGCUUUGUUGCUGGGGUACUUUUACUGCAUAUGGAAGAAGCAGAAGCAUUUAUACUUCUUAGACACCUGAUGUUCAGAAGAGGUCUUCGAAAACAAUACCUACCUGAUAUGAGUGCCCUUCAAGUGCAGCUAUACCAACUAUCUCGACUUCUCCGUGACCACGAGCCCGAGCUACACGCUAAGCUGGAAGCGCUGGACAUCAGCCCCGCGCUAUAUGCAGCUCCGUGGAUGCUGACACUCUUCACCAGCCAGUUCCCGCUGGGAUUUGUUGUCAGGGUCUUUGACCUAAUCUUCUUGGAGUCUUUGGACAUAGUGUUUUCCUUCUCACUCGCUCUGCUCUCGGCUCACAAGGACGGUCUCAUGUUGUGUGAGAGUUGCGAAGAAGCUGCCGAAUACCUCAAACACAAGCUGCCAGAUAUGGACAGUGGAUUUUACGAAAAGGUUAUGAAGAAGGUGGUGAUGCUGGACAUCUCCCGGCAGCUGAGCGAGUACGCGGUGGAGUACGGCGUGCUGCGCGACGAGAUGCCGCGCCUCGCCGCGCUGGGCGCCCACCGCCGCGCGCUGCUCGCCGCCUCCGCGCGCCAAGCCGCCGACCUCGACUCAGCUAUGGACACCAUCACAAACUACCAAAAGAAUCAAACCCGUCUUGAAACGAUCAACAAAUCGCUUGAACAACAACUUAACCUUUUGAGCAGAUACAUAUCUGCACAUCACAAACAAGACGUACCAUUAGAAAUAAAAAAAAUUGUACAAAAUCAUUCCAGAAAACUCUCUUUUAACAUAUUCUCCACUAAAUUCUCUAAUAACGAGGAAGAGAAAGAAGAAAAACCAGAUCCUAGGAAAACUUUUAAAACGGGCCUUAGCACACCUAAUUUAUUCUCCAAAAUUGGCCGAGAAGAUUCUCCGAAACACAUCGAAAAUGAUCGGCGACAGUUUAUGAUGAAGAAAUCACUGUCCGUACAUUCAGGACUGACGGCCAAUGUUAAAAGUAACCAACUGAAAAUUUUGGAAGAGAAGAAAGAAGGACACAAAAUUGACAAUAUAACAGAGUCUUUCAAUGAUUUGGGAAAGAAAAGUACAGGAUUCUUCGCCAGCACCCACGAACAGAUUCGCCAAGAGAGAUUAAUUGAACACCAGCUUAAAAAUAAUUUCGAUGAAAAUCUUAGGAAACUUGACGAAAAAUUAAACGAGAAAUUAUCACCGAAAUCAUACAUCGAUGAUAUUAACAUAUUUCAGAGUAGAAAAAGCAUGUCUUUAAAUCUGAACACUACAGUAAAAGAUGCUAAAAUCAACGACAGUGGGUUCGUGACUCCGUUGAGUCCUUACAAUGAGAAGAAGGAAGAUUCCUCAUCAACGAUAUCACAUCCUCUGAGCGGUUGCGAUGUUGACAUCAAAUUCGAUGGAACAUCAACUAAAUUAAAACAAAUAAGGCCUAUUAAAAAUGUUAAUAAAAUGUAG